AUGAGCAGCGCGUGCAUCAUCUGCCAUAAGCGAAAGGUGCGCUGCGAUUUGGCGACCCACAACCCUUGCACCAACUGCAACAAGUCCGAUGUGGAGUGCAGACCAUACACCCGUAAGCGCAAGCGCUUCACCAACAGCCUCUCGCCGAGGCGUAGCGCUCCGGCGUCGGAUCCCUUGAGCCGGCGGAGCUCUCAACUCCCCGUCGACGCGCCCAGAGAAGCCGGGGUCGCGCCGCGUCUGUCGGAGGCCGGCACCUACGAGGGCGAUGCCCUGCCGAGCGAGGCAUCGGCUGUCCCGCUGAACAAUGGCGAGCCUGCCAUCAAAGAGGAAAGCUACCGCGGGCGGAGCGAGUACUUGGGUGGCAGCGUGCCGUUUGACGAGAAUAUGGUAAAGCCCGGUCAUGAGACCACCUAUACCAGCCCCAAAGCGUCUGCCGCAGAUCUACAAAUGUUGCGCGAACAAGGUGCAUUUGAGCUCCCACCUGAGUAUGUUCAGCGGGAACUCAUGGACAGUUUCAAUAAGUACUGUCUGCCUUGGACCCCGGUCAUUGAACCCAAGUGGCUGGACGAGAGUACGCCGCCAUCGAUGCUAUUAUUACAGUCGAUCUUCUUGGCCGGAAGUCGGGUUACGAAAGCCCAUCUGGACUAUGCAUCAAGCGAAGUCUUCUACCGGCGUGCAAAACUGCUCUUCUUCUUUGGUGGCGGUAACAACUCGCUCAUUUCCAUCGUGGCCGCCUGUUUGCUCCAUUGGUAUAACCCAGUAGGCCCGGAGGACGUGUCUACGGACACCAGUGGAUUCUGGAUUCGAACAGCAGGAGCGAUGGCUUUUCAAAUUGGGCUACACAAAGAGCCACCGCCCAAUGCCAGAAACCGGGGUCUCCGUCGGCGAUUGUGGUGGUCACUCGUAAUCCGUGAUAAUGUUAUCUCUGUUGGAGUCGGCCGGCCAAGAACCAUCAAUCUUCGGGAUAGCGAUGUGCUCCCGCCAUCCAUGAACGAUUUCCCCGCCUGGAAUUUUCAAGCCCAGCUGUUCCUUGCAUACUGCACAAUAUCGUGUCAUCUGGGAGAUACGGUUGAAUGUUACCUACGGCGCGAGAUAUCUCGACAACGACGAGUUGAUCUUGAAAACGCAGUGUACAGAUGGGCCAAGCAGGUCUUCCCCAAACUACGCUCGUCGGCCGCCUUGCAAGAAGAUGCCAUUACUUCCCAUCAUGAAGUUCAACAGCUCCUGGUCAUGUACUUUGUCGUUCUCACCAUCCUUCACCGGUCGCCUGUUCCGAAUAGUGUCCCUCCAGCCGCCUCGCUGGUGGCGUCUUCCUUCAUUGCCGGCAUCUACGAAGGAUUCCUGCUUCGUGAUGAACUUCGAUACCUGGGACCUGUUUUCGCAUUCUAUCCCUUAUGUGCUGGGCUUUCACUUCUUUCAAGCUGGCGUUACACUCAGCUGCAAAGUACAGCGGAGCAUGAGCUCACCGUCAUGAAACUCUCUCUCCAAAAGUUGUCUGAGAGAUGGCUAUCAGCCGUUGGGCCAUUACGAGCCCUCAACAAGUUGACCGAAAAGGUUCGAGAACAAGGUCCCUUCGAUGGUCCCUCGCCAACUUUAGACAUCGAUGCAGCUUCAUUCUUCGAAGGCUUUGAUAUGAAGCUCUGCAAACAGUGGGCUUUGAUCGCACAAUCAUCCGACUCGGGUAGCAAUGCAAUUACUGAGCCAACCUGUACAUUGGCAGAUGUGCAAGAGGCUGAUGAUGCAUUGCCAUCGUAUGAUACUCGACCAGAUGACACGGUGGAUAAUUACAAUUUCCCUCCUCUCGAAACGAAUCUCGAGCCAUUCAGUACCAGCUGGGAAGGGUCUGGCUUCGAUUGGAGUGGGUCUUGGCUCCUCAAUGUCUAG